CGUCUGUCACUUGUUUGUCAACUUGGCGCGAGAGACUUUGUUAAAUCAACAAAACAUUGGAGAAGGGUUGUUGUGGCAGGGGGGUCAUUAGCGGAGGGGAGAGUGGGUGUACCACAGGACAUCUCGGACCUUCACUUAGUACACACGUGACAGUGGUUUCUAUGUGCUUUGGAUUAACUGGUCUUGAUCUUAACAAUUAGAUAGCUUGAAAUCAAUCUGAUCAGGUUAUACAGAGAUGUAUGCGCUGUCAACUAGGCAGUACUUGACACUGACAUUUGUUCUGUAUGCCAUGGCCACUGGAAAACCUGUUGACCAAUUGUUAGACAGAGCCAACAACAGCUCCGGACACAAUCACUUUGGUGAACUGGUUACAACAACAGAGUUUAAUACACACGAUGAAAGAUUAGACGAUGAAACUGAAAAGUCAGAUUACUGGGAAUGGUUUGAGAACGAUUUAGAGGAAGACAAUGUUGAACAGAACAGUAGUCAUUGGGAAACAUUCGAAGAGAAACAAAGACCGCAUGAGGAGUCACUGCAAGGAAGAAUAGAAUCCUCAACACGCAAUGUUUACGAAGACGAAAGCUUGCAAGCACAAAAACGUAGCGAAGUCCCUUCCAGCAAUGUUCUAAAUGAGAAUACUUUGCCGAUCGUGAAAAAGAGUGACCCUUCCAUAGAAGAACAAAGUCACGUGAGCGAUGUGCUGUCCAAUGACAAUAUAUACAAUGAAAGCACUUUAGUCCUAAGUGAUGAUGAUGAUCAGAAAAUCAUACUAGGUGAGAAAAAGGACAAUGACACUGCCUCGCAGGCUAUUCACCCGACACAUGUUACUACUAGUGAUCAUCGACAGACUACAUCUUACGCUCUAAACAAUCGCCCGCUUCCGAAUAGGCAGGACUGGGCAGCUCAUGACGCUAUGCCUGAGAGUAGACAAGAAGUGGAUUUAGUUACGCCAAAUGACGGUAUCAGAGAUCAUGAAUUAGUCUCUAAUGAGCACAAUCUGGACGAUGUAACCAAUGAUGGUAGCAGAAGUGACAUCUUUCAGGACCAUGAUGAACGAAGACAUUUUGACGAAACUAGAACUAGUGUUCGUAGCAACACAUUCCUAGGCAACGCUACAUCCCCAGCUGUGGCACCAAGCACACAUGAUCAAGUAACUACAAGAACUACAUCGGAGGCUCGUAUGUUUAUCCCUUUGACCGAGUCUCGUCUUGAAGCAGUAAACGAAGACGUCAGUGAACCCAGGCAUAGCUCUACCUCUCCACCACCAUCAGAUGCUUUAGGGCGUUCCACGAGCAUUGAUUUUUCUUAUAAUAAAACUAGCCCUGUUGAAGAAAGCUCUCCAGAUUUUUCAGCCAUGUUGGCUACAGUUACAAACCGCCCAUCUACUGCACUCUUUAUAGAAACAACACUGCCAGUGUUUGAUGAAGCUACAACUCAAGAGACCCUGAUUGAGGCUACAAGGGAAACAACUACGCUUGAAAUUAAAAAAGAGCACCUUGACAUGAAUAAAACAGAAGCCGAUUUCUCUCCCUUCUCUAAUUUCUCAAAUGACAACUUUGCUAAUAACUCAGAGGUCAUGAUGUCAACAAGCACUGUCAAGCGGCCUACUGACAUUCUAACUUCCUUGCCAAGCACAACGUCAUCACAUCUUGAUACAACAACACAGCCAACCUUUGAAGAACAAGGCAGUUCAAAUCCUUUGACUACAGAGAAACUUUUAAAACCAACAUCUCCCACAGCCACAGAUUUAACUACGCAUGCAGAAAUAAGUUUUGAGGAUACUUCCGAAGAAAAAAUAUUAGAUACUUAUCCCACAACAGCCUCAUGGGCAACUACAUCAGUUUCACCAGCAUUAACAGUAACAACUUAUACAACAUCAAGAGUCUUGUUGACAGAGACUUUUUCAACACAGCCACUGACAGAUUUAUUUACACCUGACAGUUUCCAAAAGUUCUCUUCAAGUUCAUCAAAAACCACAGCUUUUAGUGACUUCAGCAGUAACACUCCAUCUCAAGCAACCUCCACCACAGCAUCCACAACCACAGUGACCAGUCAGUUACCCACAACAAUGAUCUCAACAGAAGGCCAUACUGCUGAGUCCACAACCGUCCAGUCUGGAAAUUGUACUUCUGGGUUAGACCUUAAUGGACAAGACCAGACAUCUAAAGAGUUACCUGCAACUUAUUUGAUACUGGAACUGGACAUCACUUCAACAUUCUUCUGCAGUAACAAAGACAAAAUGAAGAAAGAGAUCAAUCGCAUUAUGAGCAAUGACACUGUCAGUAUACACAUUGAUCAGAUUCAACUUUUUGAGAUCACGUCUGACUCACAUCAGCUUCAAGUCAACCUGUAUUUACUUAAUAAGACAAUGCUUUAUGACCAUGAACUGACCAUUCUUUGUGCUCGAAUUUUACAGAAUGCCAUUGGAUCGAAUUACAAUUUUGUAAUUUUGAAUAGGUUAAAAACAGUUAUUAUCAAAGAUGAUUCUAAUGAAGCUUUGACAUCUGCAUCUCAAGACUCCAACCUUCUGAAUGAUCCAGGUGUGACUGUGGCCAUAGUACUAGCAGUUGUAGGAGUCUGUUGCUGUGCAGGUCUUAUCACUCUACAGAUCUUUGUUCGGCGUCGUCACAAGGACCAAUUUGGUAUGAAGCCAAAUUUAAGACGAUCAGUCAGUUGGAGCUCUGAUUCUAUCCGCCUGUCCUCCAUCAACAAGUCCAGACCAAACAGCGGCUUAUUUAACCCUGGCCUUGACAUCACAGAUUCACUUGAGCCAAGUCGCCCCUUAAACUAUACACAGUUGUCCAAUUAUUGCUGCAAUGAAAAAAAAAUUGAGGAAGAGUUUAGCAUGCUUCCAUGCAGCAUGCCACGACUUUCAGUUGUUCCGAAUGGUGAUGAAGAUAAAAAUAGAUAUGCUAAUAUAUUGCCAUAUGCACAUACCAGAGUGGACUUGCUUCAAGAGAGUGGACAUGGAGGGACUUAUAUCAAUGCUAACUAUGUUACAGGUCCGAACAAUCAAUGCCAAUACUAUAUAGCAACUCAAGCACCCAUUGAUAAAACAUUGACAGAUUUUUGGACCAUGGUUUGGCAACAGAACUCCAAGGCUAUUGUCAUGUUAACACAGUUAGAAGAAGAUGGACAGACCAAGUGUGUCUUAUACUGGCCAGAACUUGUUGGUAAAAGUGCUGCAAUAAAAAUUGGUGACUUUCUUAUUGAGUUAAAACAGAAAGAUGUCCACCAAGAAUAUAUUAUCUCCAAACUUGAAGUCCAACAUCUAAGGAAAAUAGAGAAAAGAGAAGUUUACCAUUUUUGGUAUACUUGCUGGCCAUCCCAUGGACUACCUGAGCCUAUUUCACUAGUUAAGCUUGUCUUGGACACAAGGCCAAAGUAUGAAGGUGGCUCAGGACCUUUAAUAGUACAUUGCAGUCCAGGGACUGGCAGGACAGGAACAUUUAUAGCACUAGAUCUGUGUAUGCACCAGUUUGAAGCUCUAAGAAUGGUGGAUAUAUUAAAAACUGUGUACACAAUAAGGCAAGAAAGAGCAGGGGCUGUACAGAGCAAAGAACAAUACACUCUACUCUAUAAUGCUAUUAGUGAAUAUGCCACAGUUGUUGUGAGUCCUGUGGUUUCAGCAGCCUCAUCUGCCACCACGCUACAUGCUCUACUCUCCAGUUGAGAGUCUUACAGACUUUUUAAAAACUUAGGAUUACAAACUGUAGUUGGUAUAACAAGAAAUGGAUAAACUAAAAGAUUCCUCAUGUUACAGACUAGUGAUGCUGCAAGCCAGCUGCUGGAAACAAACAGUGUCAUUCUGAAGUCAAAGCUUCACAUUUGUUGCCAGUGAUGCACUGAGUUUAAUGAAUGUUUUUAUUCAAGACUUAAACAAAAGGGCUGAUUAACUAACAUUUGACUGAUUAAAAGGUUUAAAUAGUUAGAAUGAAACAUACCUACAAACAAACAUGAACAAGGCUAAAUAUUAUCAUUUAAUAUACACCACUAUUAUAUAGGCUAGGUAUCAAUAUUUAAUAUACAAAAAAAUUUUGACAUGAAAUUUGUUUAUAUCAAAUAUAAUAGUAAUAUUCUUAUUUAUCAUUAUAAAGAUUUAAAGUAUCCAGUGUGGUUAGUUUUUUUUUUUUUUUUUUUUAAGUUUAAGCAGACUUUUCUUAGUUUAGUUAAUUGUUAAGACAUUUUUUUUUAAAAAAAAACCUCUUUUAAAAUUUAAUAUUUAAUUUCUAAGGAAAAAAAAGUUGUGUACUAGAAAUGUUAUAACUAAUGAUUAUAGUUUAUUUUUCAUUUGGUUUUCUUUUUUCCCAUGGAUUGCUGUGAUAGUGUAAAUUCAGUAAAUUUAUAUAUUGAGCUAUUUAGAUUUGUUAUAUAAUUUUUGUAUUUGCACAAAGUGUAAAUAAUGUAUAUACAAUUUUAUGAUUAUAAUAUAGUAAACGUUUGUAUCACAUGAUAUCAUAGGGCCCUUUUCUUUGGUAUGAAGCUGUUAUGCAAACAUUUAGAUACAAACUUGGUCUUAGAAAGUGACACAAAGUUCCUCAGUACCAAUGUUCACUCAAGUUGAGAGCCAUGCAUCUUAACACAAUAAAAAAUUACAUGUACAGGGAAAUUUCACUUACAUUAAAUGACCAAGAAUUAUGUUGAAUCAUGUCAAUUUGAAUCAUGUCAAUGUCAUCUCAGAAAGAUAUAUACAACAAAACAUUGCUUGUUAUCAGAUUUUUACAAUAUAGUAUGGACAUUAAUGCUACCUCCCUUGUUAUUAGACUUUUGGUUUGAUCAGAAAGUAUGCUGUGCCUGUGAUCUGUGGAUAAACUUGUUGAAAUGAAUUGUCUUGAUAAUUUGUUUCUUCACUUGUUAAGAACUCAUCCUCAUAGGGAUUGGGUCCUUCAUCCAUUUUCUCUACAGAACAACAGUCACCUGUUUAAAUAGAAGAAAUGCAGUAGUUAAACUAAUAAAAUGUGGCUUUUAUCUGAUUAAUUAUUGUAAACUGUGUUUAGGGAAGUUCAAAAUUUGCUUGUAAAACCAACAUAAGAAUCAGGAGGUGAAUAUGAUUUAUGAAUUUUUUAAAUAUCAGCCUACAGUCAAAGAUACACAAUUUUAUUUGAAUCAGAUAUUUAAAUUUCUUCUUCAAUGAGUAUUUUGUUUAAGUUUAAUUUGAAAAUGGUUUCACAGGAGUUAUGCUUGCUAAGAUGAUGGAAUGUCAAUCAAUUUACAGGCAACAGUUUAAAAAUGUAUAUGAAGAAAUGUUUCUUCAUGGCUGAUAAAUUUGUAUAGAAACACUACACAUGCAUAUUUUUAACAACAACAGCUUUGUUAAUAGAUAUCCCAUGCAAAUGUUUUCUAACCACUCAAAACAUUCUCUUUGUUAUCUUUCCCUGUUUAUAUUCUCAAUUUCUGAUUUGUUUUUCAGUGUCAUUCUUCAAUGUUUGAAAUGAACAACCUUGGUUAUUAAACAUCAUUGGUUAUUAAACAUCA